AUGCAUGCUGCCCACGCUGCUGCCAAAGGGGAACCUCCGCGCGUCGGCGAAGAAGUGGCUGCAGGUGAUGCUGCACGUGUAGACAGCGGCCGCCUCGCGCCGCAGAGGACCCACGACGACGACGACGACCACCGCGAUGUUGCUGUGCUAGCCCCAGCUACUGAGCCUUCGCACAUCGCCCAGAAGCGAGACAAUAAUACCAGUCCUAAAUAUUCCUCUCGAGACGACGGACAGGAGGGUGUUGAUCAGCCUUUGCCUCAUGCAGCCACCGAGGAAGAAAGCUACGGCGCACAGCAGCCUACCCCUUCCGUCCCUUCCGUCCCUUCAGCCCCAUCCCGUCCCUUCCGCCCCCUCCGUCCCUGCCGCCCCUCCGUCCCUUCCGUCCCUUCCGUCCCUUCCGUCCCUGCCGUCCCUUCCGCCCCUGCCGCCCCUGCCGCCCCUGCCGCCCCUGCUUCUGUAAAAGCGACUGAGGCUGUGGGGAAGCGACCCAAGGAGCCACUAGCGGCGGCUAGAGCAAAGAAACCAACAACGGCAGCGACGCUUCCAAAAUUUACGGUUAGGAGCGCCGACAAGUUGCCUAGCGGAGAGGCGGUGAGGCACGAGGACGGUGACGCUGGCCCUGCGGGUGCGGUGGGCGUAAUCGAUGCGACGUCGGGUGCCGUUGCAGGUGAGGAGGUGACAUUGCCGCCAGUUCUUCCUACGCGGCCGACGUACGCAGGCAACCGUGGGUCGGGCCGUGCGCGAAAAGGGCCACAGCGCGUACAGUGCAAUGCGGCUGUGGUUCAGUUUGACUUCUCUCAGCUAUUCGGCUCGGCGGGGAAUCGGCAAGCACAAACGUACUAUCACCCAAACCAAAUAGGUCCCUUUUACUCCCCCAGGCGGGUCAACUCGCCCCAUGGAAGGGGGUGGCCGCAUGGAGCGGUGGAAAGUGAAAGGAUGUCUGGGCGGAUACCAGCCCAAGCUCGCGGCAGUGUUGGUGGUGCUGGUGCUGGUCCUGCUUUUGGGGCAGGUGCGGGCGAUAUUGGCGGUCCGGGGGGUGCACUUACUUCGACUCCGCCGCGUGCGCCUUCGCUGGCGUUCAACUGGUUGCCGUAUUUGCUCUCGCAGCGUUUUUCACCUUCAAAGGCGCCAGCGGGGCAGGAGGAAAAUGGUCUUGUCCUUGGCGGAACCACCUUGUUGGGGCGUCUGGGCGCAACGGCCCAUCAGCGCUCGCCGCGGCGGCCGCCACUGCCAACGGUGCAGUUUCCGCCACACGCGGCGCCGGGGGCGAGGCAGGGAACGACUGCCGCGAAUGCAGACCUGCCCUUCGUUAUGCGACACCGAACUUCACAUCUGCAUGGUUUGACGAUUUCUGGGCACAGGUACCUUGAGGCACACGCCGCCGCUGGCGGCGACACGUAUCAGCAGCAGUCUCUUUGCGACGGCUUUUCCGCGACGACAGAUCCGUAUUGGAGCUUCUUCCCUUCGACUGUAGAAAUCAUGACCGAUAUAUUGCGCCGAAGGCCCUCCCUCUGGCGUUUCAGGCGUGGCAGUCGUGGAGGAGAGAACUACGCCCCGGAGACGUUCUCCCAGGCUUGGAUGCGGCGAAGAAAUUCUAGGAGCCGACAGCCGCGAGGGGCGCUGGGCCGCUAUGGUCAAUCAACCCAUUUCCACUGGGCGCCGUUGGGCCGAUUCAACACGCAGGCGCUGGAGCCGCCGUCGGACAUCCGCAUUGGCGCCCAGCGAUACUCGAGCAUGGCGGCACGCGCGCUGGGGCGGCAAAGGUAUGCGAAACGGCCGCCUCGACCUUUGAGCUUCGUGAAGAAGGGCCUCUCCUCCAACCACCUGCACGACAAGCCCCAGUUGGAGUUUGUUCCUUUUCUAAUUCGAGGAUGGGGCGCGGAGUCCCGCCGAGAUGGGCGCGAGGGCAAUAGAUUCUCUCUCUCCAUCCAUCGUGGCUCAGUUGGUUCGUAG